UAUUUUUCCGGGUGUUCGAGGGAAAGUACUUGGAUUGGUUUGUAAGAUCACGUGAUUACGGCUUGACGUCGAAAUGCGUCCUUUUAGUUCCCAAUAUCCUUUUCGGUCUUUCUCUUUCCGGCUCCAAGCAAAAUGUCGAAGAGGGGACGUGGUGGUUCAUCAGGUGCAAAGUUCCGCAUCUCACUGGGCCUCCCAGUAGGAGCUGUUAUCAACUGUGCUGAUAACACGGGUGCGAAGAAUCUUUAUAUCAUCUCUGUGAAGGGAAUCAAGGGACGACUCAACCGGCUUCCAGCUGCGGGGGUGGGAGACAUGGUGAUGGCUACGGUCAAAAAAGGAAAACCAGAGCUGAGGAAGAAGGUGCAUCCUGCUGUUGUGAUACGGCAACGAAAAUCUUACCGAAGAAAGGAUGGGGUGUUCCUGUACUUUGAAGAUAAUGCUGGAGUCAUAGUGAACAAUAAAGGAGAGAUGAAAGGUUCAGCCAUCACGGGACCUGUAGCCAAGGAGUGUGCUGACCUUUGGCCCCGAAUUGCCUCCAAUGCUGGCAGCAUUGCAUAAUUAGAGUAUUUUUUCCUGGACAGUCUAAGAUUCCAAUAAAAAGCACCUGUUACUUUCAA